GCCACUACAGGGGUCCAAAAAUCGCCCACGUGAUCGUCUGGCUACGGAAGUAAGCGAUUUGCCGGGAGAACAGCAAAAAGCGUGGCCGUUACCUUUUUAUUUUCCCACCAUUAGUGAAAAAAAUAAUCAGAAUACGCCACUAUGGAUGACGAGGAGGAGACCUACAGGUUAUGGAAAAUUCGAAAAACAAUCAUGCAGCUGUGUCAUGACCGAGGUUACCUAGUGACCCAGGAUGAGUUGGACCAGACCCUGGACGAGUUUAAGAGCCAGUUUGGAGACAAGCCCAGCGAGGGUCGCCCUCGACGCACAGAUCUCACAGUGUUGGUCGCCCAUAACGAUGACCCCACGGAUCAAAUGUUCGUCUUCUUCCCAGAGGAGCCCAAGGUCGGCAUCAAGACCAUAAAGAUGUACUGCCAGCGCAUGCAGGAGGAGAACAUCACCCGGGCGAUCAUCGUGGUGCAGAUGGGCAUGACGCCGUCCGCCAAGCAGUCCCUGGUCGACAUGGCCCCUAAGUACAUCCUGGAGCAGUUCCUCCAGCAGGAGCUCCUGAUCAACAUCACGGAGCACGAGCUGGUCCCAGAACACAUAGUGAUGAGCAAGGAGGAGGUGACUGAGCUGCUGGCUCGAUAUAAGCUGAAGGAGAGUCAGCUGCCCCGGAUCCAGGCGGGGGACCCCGUGGCUCGAUACUUCGGCCUGAAGAGGGGGCAGGUGGUGAAGAUCAUCCGACCUAGUGAGACAGCCGGACGCUAUAUCACCUACCGAUUGGUGCAGUGAGGUUGUCAGGCCGUCCUCCAGAGGGUGCUAGUGAUCCCGGCGUGUUUUCUUCACAGUGGAAGAGAGACUGUACCCUGGGAAGAAUAACAUUUUGUGCUACUAAUUAUUGAAGAUGAAACUUUUCCUAUUUUUUCUCCCUUUUAGUUGUUUUGUAAAUUUCUGUUUUUUAAAGUUGUAAGACCUGUGUCAAUAAAAUGUCACUGAGUUAAAAAAAUAAAAAUAAAAAAAAUAAAAUGAAA